UGAGAAUCAACUCAAAGCAACUUUGAUGCCUGAUGUUUACAAACAUUAUAUAGAUUCACUCAUAGAACAUUCUUUAAAACAAGCAAAUUUAUCUCUCGUUCAAUGCCCAUUUUGUUCUUAUUGUGAGGUUGAUGAUGACAGUCCAUUCUAUCAGUUAAAAAUCCCCAAAUCUGCCGUGAUAGUAGUUAGUAUCCCUUUAGCAAUAUUACCAUUUUUUUCAUCCUUUGAGAACAUUAUCAGCACUUUGAAAGUCGCUGCCAUUUUUGUCCUUCCUCAAAUAGCAUUAUGGAUACUGGGUGUGUUUCCUUUACGAACUUUUCUUGAUGAUUUUGAAAAUAUAGUUAAAAGAGUAAAGAGAAAACGUAGAGGAAAUGUAUUUAAGUGUCAGAAUCCUGACUGCGCUAAAUCGUCAUGUAUGCUAUGCAAUCGAGAAUGUCGACCCUUUCAUAAAUGUUACGAACAAGAGCAAGAUAGCUUGCGGCUCUUCGUAGAAAGGGCUAUGGCCGAAGCUGUCAAACGAACGUGUCCAAAGUGUCAUGUAUCAUUUACAAAGGCAGAUGGCUGUAAUAAGAUGACAUGUCGUUGUGUUUGUGAUCACUUUCGACCGAUACCCGGACAAAAAUGUAAGAAAUGCACUAAAUGUGAUUUAUAUAAAACUGAGGAUGAAGAAAAAGUUAUUAAGGAAGCUGCUGCAAAAGCACGAGCAGAAUUCAUUAAAACUCAUCCGGAGGCAAGAGAAGCCAAUCUUUUGCAAAAUGCUGCUAUCGGACCUGUUGCAGGCAAUGAGGAAAAGUUAUUCCGUGAAAUGGUUGAAAAAACGAUUGAAAAGAUUGUUGAUUAUUUAAUCCCUGAUAAAUGA